GUUAACUUUAAAAAAAAAGCAAGAAAGGGAAAUAAAUAAAUUAUUAUAUCCUUUAAAGAGGACAAAAAUAUUAAUUAUAUUGCGAAAAAAGGAGAUAAAAAUUAGGUGGAAAAGGGGAAGAUGGUGGGGACGAUAAGUUUUUAAUUAGCUAACCAAAAAACAAAAACACGAAACGAGUCAACUCACCGGUUCCAUUACGAGUCAAGGAGAAACACACAUUGACACGCUCAAGCUUUUUUUUUUCAAGGUCAAGUUGGUUUUUUUUUUUCUUUCUUAAAAAUAUUUAUGUUGGGUCAGGCUUAAACCAGAGAGAGAGUGUGUGUGGUCGAGCCAUUUGACCAAAAGCAAAAACUUAAAACUGGUUUCAGAUCUGAAGUAAAAGGGUUUUGCUUCGGAUUCUCCGGCGUCGUUUAAAUGAUCUCUGACCCAUCUUCCUUGGCUUAAUAAUUCUGGUCCCUCCUUUUAUCUCUUUUUACUGUUGAUUUAUCUGAAUAUGCCACGCUCUUUCUUCCACAUGUUUAUUCUCUCUUCCUUUCUUCAACACAAGCGUCUGGUAAUUGAUCUCUUCUCUCUCAAAUUGUGUUUCGUUCUUUUUGGUUCUGUAUUUGGUUUCUGACAAAAUUGAGGAAACUGGUGUUGGGUUUGAGUCUAGAACUGCCAAAGAUGUGAUUUUGUUUUUUGGGUACUGAAAAUUGAGUGAGAUGAAGUGAUAAAGUGUCUUUUUUUUUUGGUAAAUUAUUCGAAUGGAACUUGGGAUCGGAACUCUGUUUCUUUGUUAGGGUUGGUUGAAAUCUGAAUCUAGUCUUGAUUUUUGUGGUGAAAUGAGAGGACUAAGGAAAGCCAACAACAAAAUCUGGUUUCAAGACGGUUGGCAGGAGUUUGUCAACCGUUUCUCCAUUCGGAUUGGUUUCAGAUACAAAGUUACAGUCUACAUUUUCAAUUUAUCCUCCACACUCUGAGAUCAACCACCAUUCUAGUAGUGAAGCUCUUAUGCAAAUGGAUUCCGCACAGAAUCAGUUCAACAAACGUGCUCGAUUGUUUGAAGAUCCUGAACUCAAAGAUGCUAAGGUCAUUUAUCCAUCGAACCCUGAAUCUACUGAACCAGUGAAUAAAGGUUAUGGCGGUUCUACAGCCAUCCAAAGCUUUUUCAAAGAAUCUAAAGCUGAAGAAACGCCCAAGGUACUUAAGAAGAGAGGAAGGAAGAAGAAGAAUCCUAAUCCCGAGGAAGUAAACUCUUCAACUCCCGGUGGAGAUGACUCAGAGAACCGCUCAAAGUUCUACGAGAGUGCUUCUGCUAGAAAGAGAACUGUAACUGCAGAGGAAAGAGAGAGAGCCGUCAAUGCAGCCAAAACAUUCGAACCAACAAAUCCUUACUUUAGAGUUGUUCUGCGACCAUCAUAUCUAUACAGAGGUUGCAUCAUGUACUUGCCAUCUGGGUUUGCUGAGAAAUACCUAAGUGGGAUAUCUGGUUUCAUCAAGCUCCAGCUCGGUGAGAAACAAUGGCCAGUGAGGUGCCUCUACAAAGCAGGGAGAGCUAAGUUUAGCCAAGGAUGGUAUGAGUUCACACUCGAGAACAAUAUAGGCGAAGGAGAUGUAUGUGUGUUUGAGCUACUCAGAACUCGGGAUUUCGUUCUCGAAGUCACCGCCUUUCGUGUCAAUGAGUAUGUGUGACCAAAAAAGAUUUCCCUUUCAUCAGCGAUCUUGCAGGUAGCUUUCCAAAGUUAAAAUUUUAUGUAGGGGUCUCUUAACCAUUCUCUCUCUUGCAUUGGUUGUCUCUGUUCUAGUAGUGUUUUGAGUGAAAUUUCAGGUUCCUAUGUUUGGAUGUGGAUAAGUAUUUGACGAUUAUAAUAACCUCUGAGUGGGAAACUCUUUGUUUGAGUGGUAGCUAGGUUCAAAAGUAGAGUUGUAUAUACUUUUAUCUUCAUCAGGAUAAUUAUGUUUAUUUGAAUUGUUGAUUAUUAUGGGUUUGUGUGGGUGAAUCCAUAAAUGUAGUUGGCAAAGCUUGUUCUAGUUGGUUUAACUGUGAGGUGUAAGAUGGUGAAAAUAUCACGACAAAGGGGGAAAAAAAUAUUAUUGUGUAAAACUUGCAGAAUCAUUUCACCGUUCUAAGGUUUACCAAUCAAAGCUUGGAUUUCUCUUUUUUGAAUGAG